AUGUACAGGCUGGGAAAAUACAUGGAGACGUAUUUCAAAGAAGCUUCAUGGAAUACACAUUCUGCCAGUACCAGUGUGAAGAAAUGGCCAGUGUCAGAGGAACCCUAUUUUGAUGGCACCUUCAUUGCCAAGGACACUGAUGUACACCAUUUUGUUGAUGAGAUCAGGAGUAAAAUGAAAAGUACUGCCGGCAAAGGGAUCUGUGGAGCCAGUCAGUGGUCUGCUGCACGUGAAACAGCCAGAAAAGCAAGCAAACUGGAUGAAGAGGGCCUUGAGGUGGUUGUUUGCAGACACGGAGUGCUACUCAAGGCUCUUAACAUGUACAGGGGGGAAAUAUUUGCUUAUCCGCUUUACCUGCAGAAGGAGCUCCAAGCAGCCACAAACGGGCAGUUCUAUUGCACAGAUAUUGCUUGCAAGUAUUGGCCUUAUCUUGAGAAGUUGGCAGUCUCCAUGUUGGAACUCAGACCUUUACUGCAGAUGAGACCAUUCCUUUCUGUCAUGCAUGCCAAGGCUCAUUCAACCAAGUGUGAGAUAAUCUGGAGUGGCAAAAAUCAGGAAGGUGCUGGCACAACUGCAGUGGAGGAGGUCGAAAUGGUAAACAGCUACCUGUCUCGUUGUGCCCUCACAACCAAGUACAUGACAAAAUCUGCCAGAAAUGACAUGCUAACGGUCCAUGCAAUUGGAUGGAACCGACGGAAGCAGGAAGGCCUUCAUCUUGCACUAUCCAGCAGAUACAUCAAGACAUUCAAAAAGGCUGAGGCUGAGUCUCAGAGACUGGAGAAUUUGAGCAGUGAGCUGGGGUGUCCUGAGAACAUCGUGCAUCAGUGGGUAGAUGAUGUCAGACAAUGGGCUACUGACGGUACCAGAUGUGAUGACCAAUAUGAACGUCAGAAAUCUAUUGAACAAAUGUUUCUUGGUGUUCAUCAAAAAAAAGCCAGCCUUUAUAAUCAGACUGACAGCAACAAAGUUUGACACUUGCGUCGAAGAAAAUUGUGGGAAGAGAAGAGAAAACUCUUGGAAACAAUCAAGCUCUACAAUGAGCAGGUGGCAGAUGAGGAGCGCAUCGUUGAAGAGAAGGUGGAGAGCGGGCUCUCUGUGGGGGGAGGAGACAGUCUAAUAUGGCCUUGGGAAGUGCACAGCAGUGAAUCCAGCAACAUUCUCACAAAAAAGAAGAUUUUUGAUGUGCACAUGUCAAAAGUGCGCCUUCAAGAGGAAAAGAUCAUUGUGAUGAGGGAGAUGAGACAGCACUGCACCUAUCUCAGAAAGCUGUCUGGAAACAUUAGGACAAGGAUAUCAGAUAUGUCUUUUGUCAGAAACAGUGGCAGUUUAAGUGAAGAGGGUCAUGGCGGGCUACUGUGUCUUCUUCAGAAAAGGCUUGCAGAUGUGAAGGAGAUGUUCCAAGUCAUAUGCUCAAGUUACAGCCUGGCUUUAGGACCGAAUGCUGCUUCUCUGCUGGAGAAUGGGCCCGAGGAGA